AUGACUAUAAUUAUCGGGUCUCUAUUUUUACCUUACACAGUUCAUUUUGAAGUUGGAUCUCAUAGCAAUUUCGACAUUGAUGUGACACGGAGGGAGGAAAAUAGCCGCAAUGUCCAUGAGAAGGCACAAUCACGGUCUAGGAUUAAUGUAUCCGCAUCCAAGCCUAUCAACUCGGAAUCGCAGGGCUCUAUAAUUCCGUCAUUAAGUCUAGCUAACUCUAGACAGCAAACUCCUAUGCCUGAGUACCGGUCUACAAGGUCUGCUGAUGUGUUUAAAAGACCUGGAAUCGGAAGCCUUAACGAAAGCGCUAGGGAUUCAGGGGAAGAUUUUUUUUACAAACAUAAGUUACAACCUUCUUCCAGUAGUUCUCAAUUGAAUCUGUCGCAAGAGAAUGAAAAGUCCCAGCCUCAGUAUAUCCAACCUAAAUCGAGGUAUAGCAACCUCAAAGUCGAAAGUUCGGUAGUUGAUCCAAAGAAGGAGAGUGCUGAUCUUGGCUUGCCGGCCUUGAAAAUUAAUAGAUCAGCGACUAACUUAGGAGCUUUGGGGCAGUCAAAAACAACUUCUUUUCCAAACUUAACGUCCCUUAAUUCCAAUCUAUCAAUUCCGUCAGUCAGAAAUAAAGGUUCUGUUUCAAAACAGAGUCCAUCAUUCACUUUGAAUAACAACGGUAGCUCAAGCUCUGUUGCUAUUGCUGAAGACCAAGAUGAUACACUGGAGUCUGAUGUGUCUCUGGAAGAUGACGAAUGGAAAAAUGAUUUUAAUAACAUGGUCCAUGGGAGGUCGGAGAGCAAGUUAGCACCGUUUGGGGGGUUUUCAAAACCUGAUAUUGAAGAGGGUUUAUUUAACCACAACAAUAUCUUCGAAACCGCACCUUGGAAUGUUGCUUUUGCUAAAAAAGGUAACAUAUCUUUAACUAAAGCGGUUAGGUUAUCGGUUGAGUCUGAUGUGAUUAAGAGCCGCUUGUGGGUAGGCACUUUAGCUAUGCCAAGUGAUGCGGUCCCUGAAAAGGUUACUGAAAAGAUUUCUAAAAGGCUUCAAGAUGAAUACUCAUGUGAGCCAGUUUUUCCAGACGAUUUCACAUUUCAAGGACACUAUAAAUCAUUUUGCAAGCACAUUCUUUGGCCCACUUUGCACUACCAAAUCCCAGACGAUCCAAAAUCGAAAGCUUUUGAAGACCAUUCUUGGGGUCAGUACUGGUUAUUGAACCAGCUAGUUGCCGAUAAGAUAGUUGAAGUAUAUAAAAAAGUAAAUGGUAAGGCAGACCCGAACGAUCCAGAAAAUAUGAUCUGGAUACAUGAUUACCAUUUGCUCCUUGUUCCGAAAAUGGUAAGAGAAAAGCUUCCUAAUGCAAAAAUUGGGUUUUUCUUACAUGUAUCAUUUCCAUCUUCAGAGGUGUUCCGUUGCUUACCUCAAAGAGAAGCCUUAUUGAAGGGAAUGUUGGGUGCGAAUUGUAUUUCUUUUCAAACAGACGAAUAUGUGAGACAUUUUCUUCAGACAUGUAACAGGUUACUUUUGGCUGAUACGAAUCAGUUUGGUGUUUCUUAUGAAGGUCGUUUUACUAUGACAAACACAAUUCCUGUGGGUAUUAAUGCGAAGUCGCUCUUCGAUCUAACAAAAUCAAAAGCUGUGUUAGACUGGUCACACAUGAUACGAGAGAGAUGGCCCGAUCAAAAAUUGAUCGUCAGCAGGGAUAAACUUGACAAGCUCCGUGGUAUAAAACAGAAGUUGCUUGCUUAUGAAAGAUUUUUGAAGGACAAUCCAGAAUACAUUGAAACGGUAGUUUUUAUUCAAAUUUGUAUCGGUACAUCGGCUGACCCAGGAUAUGAAUCUGAAAUAAUGCAAAUAGUCGGAAGGAUUAACUCAUUAACAGAAAAUAUUUCGGAUACUCCACCCAUUCUUUUCCUUCAAAAGGACUUGGAAUUCGAGCAAUACUUGGCUCUCUUGUGUGAAGCAGAUGUUUUUGUCGUGUCAUCUAUGAGAGAGGGCUUGAAUUUGACAUGCCAUGAAUUUAUAACCUCUACAUACAAUAAGAAGUCACCUUUGAUUUUAUCUGAAUUUACUGGAUCGUCUCCCUUACUUUAUUGUAACGGAAAAGGGGCUUUGCUUAUCAAUCCGUGGGAUAUUAAAGCAUUUUCGAUUACUUUCAAAAGACUGUUAACCAUGAAUCCUGGUGAAAAGCUCGAACGCUGGAGUAAUUGCUCGAAAAUAGUCAAUACUCAUGACUCUAAAAACUGGGUUUCUACUUGUUUGAAAAGCAUUAAUUUGGCUUGGAAUCGCGAGCAGUGUAGAAACAUCUCUAACCUCACACAUUUCACUGGUAAAAUUUUUAAUAAAUUUUAUUCGAUGGAAUGUAACGGUAAAAGAUUAUUUAUUUUGAGUUUGGAAGUACCUACGGAAGCGAUUAAGGAACUAAGCUUAGGUAUAACUACUACAACUCCAAUAGUUAACAAAGGAUCUUCAUUUUCUGAUGCUAGAUUACUGUUAUUAUUAAGUGAUUUAUUGAGUGAUCCUAAAAAUCAUAUUUAUAUCGUCAGUGUCCUCAAGAGGUCUGAUCUCGAAAGGAUUUAUAGAAGGGCCCCCAAUCUCGGUUUGAUUGCCGAAAAUGGUGGUUAUAUCAAGUUGGUGGGCUCAAGUAAAUGGAUUUCUAUUGUUGAUGAAUCUGAAUUGAAUUCUUGGAUGUCCCAAGCUAUUCAAUUGAUCGAAUCAAAGGUUGAGAGGCUACCAGGAUCAUUCUGCGAAAUAGAAGAUUGUACGGUUCGCUUCCACGCUGGUAGCUCGUUUAUUGAUGAUCGUGAAAGAAGUUUAGACGCCAUGGGAGAUUGUAUACAACAUAUUAAUGAAUUGUUCCAAGAGAAAGACGGUGUUCACGCUACCUUAAUUAAAAAUUUGGUUGUUGUUCAACAAAACCAAUUGGCAUUGAAGGCUGUCAAAUUCUUGAUGUCCUAUUAUAAUCGUGAUAAGCUGGGGCUUGAUUCCCAAUCAUUGAUUAAAGAGUAUAAAGUGAAGAAUGUUCCAAGUUCUAGUUCUCACUCACCUCCAAGUUCUGCAGAAGAUAACAAAAAAGCCUUGACAGACCAAAAAUCUAUAACUUUAGAUGGUGCUUGUGACAAGAAAUUAGGCUUAAGUGCCAUAUUUUUAAGUGGUGCUUCUACUCCAAUAGUUGAACCUUGCUUCGAAUACGUUACGUCGUACAAAGGUAUUUCUGCUGCUGGAAAGAUAACGGUUGCAAUUUUGGACACGGAAACUAAGGUACGUACAUCAGCCAAUUAUGCUGUACUGGGUAAGAACGAGUUAUUGAGUAUAUUAUCGAGUUCAACUCUGACGUGA